CGAGGUCCUUGACACAACAUCAUCAAUUGUGCGCCCCCUCGCAGGUAGCUUCCGCCCACCACCUUACACAAGGGGUUACCAAGCGCACCCGUUGAACGCGCAACACAGUCGCGCCGCCGCUACAGCUCAAGUGCGCCUCUAGUCGUCACCUUGACUUGCUUUAGAGGUCCACGGAUAGCUGCCUCGACCCACCACGACACCUGUCUGAUUGCAUACCUUCGACAAGAUGCAGUCGUGGAUGAGCUGGGCCACCUUCUUGGCCAUCCUGGCCGCAGGCUACUUUUACUACGCUCCGAAGCUCAACGCCGACACCCGAGGUCGAUCCACGGCGCCCACAAGUACCACAAGCACCAAGCAAGUUGAUUGGAGCGACUCGGACAGCAAACCGAAGGCAGCUGCAAAGCAACCUAAGAAGCAGGCCAAGGCCAAGGCUCCUCGCAAGAAGUCGAUCCAGGAGGCUGUUCAAGAGGCUGGCAGCAAAGUCAAGGCCGAGUUCGACGCAGCUACCUCCGCUGGUGCUGAUGCCAGUGACUCCUCGCCCGCUACAUCGCCUGUUCGCGCCGCACCAAAGGCCCCGAGCGGCAAGGAUGUCUCUGACAUGCUCCCUUCAUCUGGUUCCGUCGCCAACGUCUUGAGCAUUAAGGCGUCUGAUAAGCCUGCGAAGGCCUCCAAGCCCAAGGCCCAGAAGGUUGAGACACCUCAGGAAACCAAGAAGCAGCGCCAGAACCGCCAGAAGAAGGAGGCAGAGAAGGCCCAGCGUGAGGAGGAUGAGAAGACGCGCCAGGUUCUCCUCGAGAACCAGCGCCGCACUGCUCGCGAGGCUCGUGGAGAGCCCGCAAAGAACGGUGUACCUGCUAAGCUGCCUUCCAACAACCCUUGGUCCGGCCAGACUUCUGGCGGUGCCGUUCAAGCGCCCUCUUCUGCUCCCACCGGCCAGCUCCUCGAUACUUUCGACGUCGCUUCCACCGCUAGCUCCAGCGCCACCAAUGGAACCAUGAACACCCCCGACACUGUCUCAAACAGUGGUAGCUACAACGGCUUGCCGUCUGAAGAGGAGCAGCUGCGAUUGGCUAUGGAGGACGACUCUGCCUGGACCACUAUCCCUAAGGGAGGCAAGAAGCAGAAGGUUGCUCAGGUCGUCGAGGAAAGCAACACCUCUAGCGCUGCUCCUGUGCAGCCCAUCAAGGCUACUCCAGCACCUCAGGCCAAGAAGGCCGAGAACCGAGCACCGAUCUCAAGCUCUCGCUACGGCAUCCUUUCUGAGCCCUUCACGACCACCGAGAAGGACUCCGACUGGCCCGUUAUGUGAGCGUAAGCUUUUUAACACUUUCCCACGACCAUUGGGUAGAUUGGAAGAUUUUGACGUCCACCUCCCUUCCGCAUGCGGUGAAUGCCGCCAUUAGAGGCUAGUGCCUCCGUACCAUCCCAGAGCCCGGCUCAUGCACUUGCAUAAGUGCGAGGGCGCGGCUGAGGGAAUGUCACACGUUUUGUAAAGCAUCUGUGAGAUAUCGACAACUU